AGUGAACAACUGACGUCUUCUGAGUCGCACAAUCUUCUCCAAGCAAACUAGCAAAGCAGAAAUGUCAUUCCCUGUUUUUUUGCUGCUGAUUUUUCUCUUUAAGUCUGAUCUGUCAAAAAGUGAGGCUGAUAUGAGGAGCAUUAUCAUUUCUGCUCUAGAGAAAGCAACUUUCUUCCUGGCAAAUAAAUACAGGGACAUCAAUUUAGAUGCAGUGUUGGGAUUUCGUGUUUUGCAAGUUCAUUUGAAAGGAGCCCUGGAGAAAUGGGCCUCAGAACAUGAAUUACUAUCUCAGCAGGUCCGAGUUGAAAGGCUGGUGAAGAAGUUGUCUUCUCUGAUUGAAAAAGCGACUCAUUCUCUUGGGCAGAGUGACCCAGAGUAUUUCAAAAAAUUUGAGCCAAUUUUAGGACGAAAUUUUUGGAUGCUUCCUCAUUCAUGGAACCAAACAGACUCCUCACUUGCCUACUCCAUGUUUGACGGCAUCAGCUGUUUUACAGAGGAAAUGAGUGAUAAAUGCUUUACGUAUUUGCUAGGAACUUGGAAAGAUAAUGGCAAGUCCUGCGUUGUCACCAGGGCCUGUAGGAACAUCAUGACAAAGUUUGGAUGCUCAGAUUACUCCCUGUCACAUCAGCUUUUCUACUUCAUGUUUGCAGAUAUGAAAGGCUGCUCGCAUUGUCUGUUCCUGAGGGCCCAAUAUUACAAGAAUAUUUUCUGUGCUAGCAUGAUGAAAAUAAACCUGGUGAUCGAAAGUACUGGGUUCAAGUUUUCCUCUCGAGACCUCUUCAUGGAAAAUAUUAUGUUCUGUGGUAUGUCUGGAUUCUCUGACUUCUACAAACCUAGCUGGCUGGAGACCAUUCUCACAUGGCAGAAGCCUGAGGAGGGAUGCUUUGGGAACCCCAAUGAGAAUUCUGAACACCCAUCCAGGGUGAAAGACCAAGAGCAACUAUUGAGAAGAGUUAAAAGAAGAGAGAAGGUGUUUGCAGAUGGAUGUUCCUCUCAUAACACAGCCAUGGCGGUCGGAGUACUGGGGGGAUUCCUCUACUACUACUGAAAAUGCCAAUAUGUUACAGAUGAUCAACUUGGAACUUCCCAUACACAGAGCAAUGAUUGGUUAGUCCUGAAGCAAUACCAGCUCCAGUUUUAGCAUGCAAUAGGAGUAGUCUUUUCAGUCAAAAUCUACCCUUGCAACACACUGAGCAACCCCACUAUGGUAGCCAAGUUGUAAUCACGCUGCCACUGACUAGUGCUAUUUUGGCAGCACAGUGGAGAUUUUAUUGGCAGGUUUUCAAAACUGUAAUGGGCCAGUGGUUAUUACAGUAACAAGAGUUCCUAAUGUAGUCUUCCUCCUGAGCUCCCAUUACAACUGAACACACAGGGGACAAUUCUUCUCUUAUCUCUACUGACUUUGAAUGCAUCAUCUUCCACUUCAGUGGUGUUAGAUGAAUUUGUUUAUCAUGGGCAGCGCUCACCUUAUUAUCUAAGGGCCUCAGUCCUGCAAGGUGCUGAGCACCCUCAGCACCCAUUAAAUUCUGUGAUGUUGGAAUAUCUUCAUGGACCAGAUGAGAUCAGCAUUCAGGCCUAUUUUGCAGACUGGUUUGACAUGCUGCCCAUGCUCUGAAUAAGAUAUAUCACACAAUGCACAGAACAGAUCACGUUUCUUGGAUAAGGUGAAGAAAACCACUGUGCAGACCCCACUGCUGCGCAAUCUAUAAGUUACUAUUCUGUUACCCAAUGGCUGAAUCUUAAGAUUCUUUUCUUUGUUAUUUUACUAUCAUUGUAACUAAAGAUGUUCGAUAUUGUGCUACCCUUGGAAGUAAUUUCUGUAUUGUCUGCCACUGAGUACAUGGUAACAAUGAAAUUUCUGGUUUCAGAGUAGCAGCCGUGUUAGUCUGUGUCUGCAAAAAGAAAAGGAGGACUUGUGGCACCUUAGAGGCUAACAAAUACAUUUUUCUUAAUAAUUUUCUUUUUAAUGAAAUUUCUGUUUCCUUGACCAGCAGAUCACAGGUAACUAUAGGUAUGGGCAACCUGGCUGGGCUGAAUGAGAUAAUAAAGUCCUGAAUGUUUGCUCAGAACUCUUACUCAAAUGGAACCUUAUUGCCUUUUUGCAGUUAGGGAAAAGUAAGAUAAAGAAACAGAUUUAUUCAGGACAAUGCCCUGUUUCCCUCCCCAAGCACUUGCACACAUAAACACACACACAACCACGGUGAGGCCUCUUCUUUUGAAAUCUGCUUUCAUUCCCACUAAUAAUAUCCUACUGUUGCCGGCACCCAGUGCCGAGAGGCAAAACAACAGCAGGGGUUCGUUACCCUGUGUGUUUCACUCAAUAAUCACAACGGGGUGGAGAAGCAGAAAAGUUUAUUUGCAGCUGCAAACAAGGUACAGGGAGAAUAGAUUCUCAAAUCCUGCACACCAAAGCAGGUCAUUACACACACUUUUAUAUUCCUUAAUGCUACUGCACUACACAUCAGCCAAUUAAAACUUUGCACAAAUACUCUGCCUUCCUUAUAUGGGUUACAACAAUGUUUAUUUCCUGCAACCUCUAACAAGCAUUUCUAGCAACUUAAACAACCAGCACAUUCUGUCUGGCCUUGUAACUAUCUCCUAUUAUCUUUAGCUUGACGUCAGCAUACCUUACACUAUAAGGCAUUAUCUGCGGCUGCAACAUUGUUUUAAGAGCAAAAGAGCUUACUCAAACCAGCCAGGCCUGAAUUCUAUUAAGGGGGGUUGAGAAGAAGCCCUUAGGCCUUCAGCAGGGAGACUUCCUCAACCCUUAUGGCCUUCCAUCCCCUUGACUUAACUAGUGGCCAUGCCCUGGGGUCUCCAACAAUUCAGUUACUUUCUUAUGUUAUUUACACUGCUUAACAAUAAGGUAAAUUGCUUCUUGCAUUUGUUUCCUGGUCUGGAUUAUAACUGUGUUGUGUCACAUGGCUGAUUAAAUGAGGCUCCUGUGAGCUACCAGACUGCAACUUAGCACCACUGUUCUAUACAUAUGUACCUUCAGCAGUCUGUUAAAUUACUAACAUUUUACUUGCUUUGUAGAAAUAGCAUUCUAGGUUAAUAAACAUGGAUUUGAUUUGC